AAAAACAUGAUAGAAGGAGAAAAUCACACCAUUUGGACCUAUUUUGUUUUGGAGGGAUUUUCUAAGUAUCCAAAAUUAGAGAUGGUUCUUUUUGCAUUCAGUCUGAUAAUGUACCUGAUCACACUGCUUGGUAACAGUACUCUUAUUGUAAUCAGCAUCCUGGAUUUUCACCUUCACACCCCCAUGUAUUUCUUCUUAGGGAACCUUUCCUUCAUGGACAUCUGCUACACAUCCUCCUCUAUUCCAACUUUGCUAGUGAACUUGUUGGCCACAGGAAAAACGAUCAUCUUCUCAGGGUGUGUUCUGCAAAUGUAUCUCUCUCUUGCCAUGGGGUCCACAGAGUGUGUCCUCUUGGCCGUGAUGGCAUAUGACCGGUACGUGGCCAUCUGUAACCCUUUGCGAUACACUAUUGUCAUGAAUCAAAGGAUCUGUGUGGAAAUGGCAGCUGGAUCGUGGAUAACUGGUUGCCUCACAGCCCUCCUAGAAACAAAUUCUGCUCUACAAGUGCCUCUUUGUGGGAAUGUGAUUGAUCAUUUCACUUGUGAAAUUCUUGCCAUGCUAAAAUUGGCCUGUAGCAGCUCCUUGCUCAUGGACAUGAUUAUGCUAGUGGUCAGUGUGCUUCUCCUUCCCAUUCCCAUGCUCUUAAUUUGUAUUUCCUAUUUUUUCAUCCUUUCUACCAUCUGGAGAAUUAACUCAGCUGAAGGAAGAAACAAAGCUUUUUCUACUUGUGGAGCCCACUUGACAGUGGUGAUUUUGUACUAUGGGGCUGCCCUGUCCAUGUACCUCAAGCCCUCAACAGCAAGUUCUCAAGAAACAGACAAAAUCAUUUCUUUACUUUAUGGGGUGCUGACGCCCAUGCUAAAUCCCAUCAUCUACAGUCUGAGGAACAAGGAAGUCAAAGAGGCUGCAAAAAAACUAUUUAAGAGAAAUUCUCCUUUGUCACAAACAUAAAAGAUUCUGAUUGGGUUAAGAUCACUUUGUAACUGCAGGAGUAGAUCAUUAUAAUGUGGCUACUUUGAAGAAUAGCAAGGAAAGUCAUUUAGCAUCUAAAGCUCUGUCUUUGACUCUUUAUUGUAUGAGCUGAUAGCAAAAGAAGUCAGUUAUUACAAUAUAAGAGACAUAUAUUUUACUUAGAGGCACUAUGCUGUCAUAGAAUAAAAUGCUGGAUUUGGGAUCAGGAUCUCUGUUAUGAUUCAGGUGCUUGUUGGCUGUGAAUCAUGGGCAAGUCCCUUAAUCUCUUUGGGUUUCAAUUUUCUUAUCUGUAAAGUAAGUGUAAUGAUAUUCAUGCUACCUACCUAUUUGUGAACAAAGAACUUUGUAAGAUCCCAAGUGCUAUAAAAAUGUGAAUUAUUUAAUAAGUAGAUGGAAUAUUUGCUUAAACACAGAACAGUAAAUUCCACCACAUAUGUAUUAAUGUUUUCUAUUUACUUUUCUUUUA